CAAAUCUUCUUUCCUCGUAAGUUUUCCCCACCAUUCCGUAUGAAGGCAGCCAUGUCUCGCCGCCGUAGUCCUUUCAUACUUUAUUGAGCUAUAAGUGGCUUGCAAAGUAGCCUUGAGUACCUCCCAUGAUUUCGAGGACCGCGAGCUUGCAUCAGGCUACUUCUGCUGGUUGAAAGGAUGUCAAUAACAAAGCACAGCGUCCACAACCCAUUCGCCGGCCGACGCACUUCUCCUUCUGGGGCAGCGUCGGAUCUAGACUUCCGCAGAUAAGUUCGUUGAGCCAACAAGCCAGUAAGAACACCUCAAGCGAACGAUAUGGCACCUCACGCCGAAGAAAGCGUCGGCCAUGCGGAUGGGUUUAACGUGCAGAUGGCACCUACUAAGGAUCUCUUCGUCGUCAACUCUCCAAAUGUUGAAUACACCGAUGACACUAUCAAGACUAAGUACACUUACCGUACCACCGACGUUACUCAGAAUGCGGACGGUAAGUACGUUGCCGUACCCAAGGAGACUCUCUACGACUUCAAGGUCGACCGCAAUGUCCCCAAGGUCGGUGUGAUGCUCGUGGGUCUUGGUGGUAACAAUGGAACUACUGUUACCGCUGGUAUCAUCGCCAACAAGCGCAACCUGGUGUGGGAGACGAAGGAGGGCAAGCGCGCCGCCAACUACUAUGGCUCGGUCAUCAUGAGCUCCACGACCAAGCUCGGCGUCGACAGCAAGACCGGCAAGGACCUCCACAUCCCAUUCCAUGAUCUCCUGCCGAUGGUUCACCCCAACGAUCUCGUCAUUGGUGGUUGGGACAUCAGCGGCAUGAACCUGGCUGAUGCUAUGGACCGUGCCAAGGUUCUUUCGCCUUCGCUGAAGAUGCUGGUUCGCAAGGAGAUGGCCGUCAUGAAGCCGCUACGUAGUAUCUACUACCCCGACUUCAUUGCAGCUAACCAGGAGGGGCGCGCCGACAAUGUUUUGGAAGGCACCAAGGCCUCGAUGGCCCAUGUUGAGCAGAUUCGCAAGGACAUUCGUGAAUUCAAGGCUGCUAAUAGCCUCGACAAGAUCAUUGUGCAGUGGACUGCCAACACAGAGCGUUACGCCGACAUUCUGGAAGGUGUCAAUGAUACUGCCGACAACCUCAUGAAAGCCAUUGAGUCUGGUCAUGAAGAAAUCGCUCCCUCAACUAUUUUCGCUGUUGCUUCCAUCCUGGAGAACGUUCCUUUCAUCAAUGGAUCUCCUCAGAAUACCUUCGUUCCAGGUGCUAUUCAGCUUGCUGAGAAGCACGGCGCCUUCAUUGGCGGUGACGACUUCAAGUCUGGUCAGACCAAGAUGAAAUCUGCUCUUGUUGACUUUUUGAUCAACGCGGGUAUCAAGCUCACCUCCAUUGCAAGCUACAACCAUCUUGGCAAUAAUGAUGGCAUGAACCUCAGCUCGCAGAAGCAGUUCCGCUCCAAGGAGAUCUCCAAGUCCAACGUUGUGGACGACAUGGUCGCUGCGAAUAACGUCCUAUACAAAGAUGGCGAGCACCCCGAUCACUGCGUUGUCAUCAAGUACAUGCCCGCUGUCGGUGAUGACAAGCGUGCUCUCGACGAAUACUACGCCGAGAUCUUCCUGGACGGUCACCAGACAAUCAGCCUGUUCAACGUCUGUGAAGACUCUCUGCUGGCCUCACCUCUGAUCAUCGAUCUGGUGCUUGUUGCUGAGAUGAUGACUCGUAUUCAAUGGAAGGCCCACAGCGCUGGUGGCAGUGCCGCUGAGUACUCUGGCUUCCACAGCGUACUCAGCAUCCUCAGCUACAUGCUCAAGGCUCCUCUGACGCCUAGCGGUACCCCAGUUGUCAACGCUCUUGCUAAGCAGCGCGCUGCUCUCACCAACAUCUUCCGCGCCUGCGUCGGUCUUGAGCCUGAGAACGACAUGACUCUGGAGCACAAGCUGCUUUAGAUUACCGGAUUAUUCGGAGGCGAGGCUUAUGUGAGCAUAACGAAGGUGAUAGUUUGAUG